AUGCGUAUCCUUAAAUCUAAUCCUAUUCUUGGUCUGGCUAAUAGUUAUAUUAUCGAUAACCCUGAACCAGCCAAUAUUUCUUACAUGUGGAAUUUUGGUUCUCUACUUGGUCUUUGUCUUGUUAUCCAAAUUCUUACAGGUAUUUUCCUUGCUAUGCAUUAUUGUCCUAAUGUUGAUCUUGCAUUUGCUAGUGUUGAACAUAUUAUGCGAGAUGUUAACUACGGAUGGGCUAUCCGAUAUGUACAUGCUAAUACUGCUUCAUUCUUCUUCCUAUUUAUGUACUUCCAUGUUGGACGAGGUCUUUACUAUGGUUCAUACAAAUCUCCUCGAAUCCUUCCUUGGUCUAUCGGAGUAAUUAUUCUAAUCCUUACAAUGGCUACAGCAUUCCUAGGUUAUGUUCUUCCUUAUGGACAAAUGUCACUAUGGGGUGCUACUGUAAUUACAAACCUUCUAAGUGCUAUCCCAUGGAUUGGUAAUGAUUUCGUAGAGUUUGUAUGGGGAGGAUUUAGUGUAAAUAAUGCUACACUUAACCGAUUCUUCUCACUACACUUCCUACUUCCAUUUAUUCUUGCUGCUCUUUCAGCAAUGCAUCUUCUUACAAUUCAUGAACAUGGAAGUAGUAAUCCUCUUGGUAUUAGUGGUAAUACUGACCGACUUCCAUUCCAUCCUUACUUCGUAUUUAAAGAUCUUGUAACUAUUGUUCUAUUCCUACUUAUUCUUUCAGUAUUUGUAUUCUUCUAUCCAAAUGCUCUUGGACAUUCUGAUAACUAUAUCCCAGCUAAUCCAAUGCAAACUCCUCCUUCAAUUGUACCUGAAUGGUAUCUACUUCCAUUCUAUGCAAUUCUUCGAUCAAUUCCAUCAAAAAUCAUUGGAGUUAUUGCUAUGUUUGGUUCUCUACUAAUCCUUCUAGCUAUGCCUAUCCUUGAUACAUCUCGAAUUCGAGGUAACCAAUUCCGACCUCUAUCUCGAUUUGCAUUCUGGGUAUUUGUAGUAGAUUUCCUAAUUCUACUAUGGAUUGGUGCUCAACAUCCUGAAUAUCCUUAUUCAGAUAUCGGUAGUUAUGCUACAGUAUUCUACUUUGCAUACUUCUUUAUUGUUGUUCCAGUAGUAGGUAUUAUUGAGAAUACACUAAUGGAUGUAGCAGUUUCAGAAGAAAAAUAA